UUCCUGGUAGAAAAAAGCUCGCCUCUUUCACACGCUCCCGAUUCUAACGAGAUGGAGAAAAAAACACCCUCCUUUUUGCUUUUACCCCUCCUCUUCUUCUCCUCAUCUCUAAUCGCACUCGCACAAGCAGCCCACUUCCCUUACUCUUUCAAAUCCACCCCUCGUUUCCUCGCAAAUUACGCAAAUGCAAAUCGCAAAACCCCCUACUCGAAAGUUCUUCAAUACGAGACCCACUACUUCACACAACAGCUCGAUCACUUCAGCUUCUCGAAUCUCCCCACCUUCGAACAGAGAUUCCUCAUCAACAGCGUCCAUUGGAGUGGACCCGAUCGGACGGCCCCGAUCUUCUUUUACUGCGGGAAUGAAGGAGAUAUCGAGUGGUUUGCUGAGAACACGGGUUUCGUUUGGGAGAUCGCGCCUCGAUUCGGGGCCAUGGUUAUAUUCGCCGAACAUCGUUACUAUGGGAAAUCCAUGCCCUAUGGCGGCAAGGAUGCAGCUUACAAAAAUGCUGAUUCAUUAUCUCAUCUUACAACCGAGCAAGCGAUUGCAGACUUUGGGACAUUGCUUACUGACCUGAAAAGAAAUUUGUCAGCUGAGCAUUGCCCCGUUGUGUUAUUUGGUGGCUCAUAUGGUGGAAUGUUGGCUGCAUGGAUGAGGCUGAAGUAUCCACAUAUUGCCAUUGGCGCACUCGCUUCUUCAGCACCCAUUCUACAAUUUGAAAAUAUUGUGCCAUAUGAAACAUUUUAUGACAUCGUCUCCAACGAUUUCAGACGUGAAACUGAGAGCUGCUUUCAAGCCAUAAAAGAGUCUUGGGAUGCAUUAGAAACUCAAGGUCAGAAUGAUGGAGGUCUGAUACAUCUGAGCAGAAAAUUCCACCUUUGCCAGAAUUUGAAUAAGACACAAGAACUUUCGGACUGGUUGAGCUCUGCUUAUAGUUUUUUGGCAAUGGUAGAUUAUCCAUAUCCUUCCAGCUUUAUGAUGCCUUUGCCUGCAUACCCAAUAAAAGAGGUAUGUAGUAAGAUUGACAGCUAUCCGAAUGGGACUGAUGUUCUAGAGCGUAUAUUUGCGGGAGUAAGCAUCUAUUAUAAUUAUACUGGAGAUGUCAAAUGCUUUGACCUGGGAGAUGAUCCUCAUGGUAUGAGUGGUUGGGAUUGGCAGGCUUGCACUGAGAUGGUCAUGCCAAUGUCCAGUAGCAAAGAGAACAGCAUGUUUCCAACAUAUGAGUUUGAUUAUCCUUCUUAUCAAGAGCAAUGCUUACAGAGCUAUGGUGUCAAGCCAAGGCCUCGAUGGAUAACCACUGAAUUCGGCGGUCAUGAUUUGAAGACAGUCUUGAAGAAAUUUGGCAGUAACAUCAUAUUCUCAAAUGGGUUGUUGGAUCCUUGGAGUGGUGGCAGUGUGCUGCAGAAUGUGUCUGAAAGUAUAGUUGCUCUUGUUACAAAAGAAGGUGCCCACCACAUAGAUUUGCAGGCCGCAACCAAUGAGGAUCCAGAUUGGCCUGUGGCACAAAGGAAAUCAGAAAUAGAUCUGAUUAAGGGCUGGUUAUAUGAGUAUUACAAAGAGAAGAAGGCUGCUGCUUUUGACAUGUAGAGGUGAAAUCUGAACCUGCUUUGUUUGAGCAAGAAACUGAUCGUUAUUGUUCCAUGCAGGCUUAGAUUUCCAUAGUUUCUGGUAAUAUUGCAAUUAAAGAAAAACUGGUUAUGAUGGAACUAAUAUUUCAUGUGGUGAAACCAUAUGGUCCUGACUACUGGUUUGUUGGGAUUUAGGAGCCACCUUUAAUAGACCAUCCCCCAAAAAUCUUCACUUGAUCAUUAUAUAUAAUUCCUCAGUCA